AUGGCCGACGCAUACCCCGAAACCAAGCAAAGCUCCCGCGGCAACCACCCCCGAACCUCGACCCUAGGCGGCGCCAGCGCAGUCCCAACCCCAGCGAACAACACUGGCGGCGGCACAGGCUGGGGUGAUAAAGGUUUCUUCAAGGGUGGCUCGCAGGGUACUGGUCAUGUAGCCCCCCCCAACGCUCAAGCAACCUUCGGCGAAUACCUCCCCCUACAAGAACAAAAAGGUGCCGCAACGUCCAAAUUUGCACAACGCGCCACGGAUAUGAACAUGGAUAUAUCAGGGGAGGGCUCAAACACGAGUUGUCAGACUGAGGACCACAGCUUUAUGUGUCAUCGGCCGGGGAAUUCGGAUACGUUGCCGGGGUGGUCGAAGGCGAAGAAUGCGGUUGAAGCGACGUAUGACUUCCUUGCUUUCCAAACUAAAUGA